AUGGCUUCUUCUCAUCAGAUUUACAAACUAAUCACUAUUGCAAUUCUCUUCCUCUCCUUCACAUUAACCUCUCUCGCUGAAAACACAGAGCUCGCAAGCGCUACACAAUGUAGUUCCGGACCAGGAGCAUCGUCUUGCAACAACAAUAAAGAAUCGAAGAAACUCAAAUUCAUAGCUAUUGCCUCGAUCUUAGCUGCGAGUAUGAUUGGUGUUUCUUUACCUUUGUUUACUCGUAACAUUCCUGCGCUAGGACCAGACCGAGAUCUUUUCGUGCUCGUUAAGGCAUUGGCCUCGGGAGUUAUCUUAGCGACUGGUUAUAUGCACGUGUUACCUGACUCUUUUUUCGAUCUUAAUUCCCCUUGCUUGCCAACAAAUCCGUGGAGGAAGUUUCCGUUCACGGCGUUUAUUGCUAUGAUCUCGGCUUUGUUCACGUUGAUGGUUGAUUCUUAUGCCAUGAGUUGGCAGAAGAAGAGAUUGUUGAAACCGCAAGAAAAUGUUGUCGGCGAAACCCUAGAGAAUGGAUCAAAGGAAAUGGAGAAAGAAAACGGGAGUAUAGUCUCUGACGAAGCGAAAUCUCAGCUUAUUAGGUAUCAAGUCAUUGCUCAGGUAUUGGAGCUAGGGAUUGUAGUGCACUCGGUUGUUAUCGGCCUAGCAAUGGGAGCUUCGGAUAACAAAUGUACCAUACGUUCUCUCAUCGCCGCUCUUUGUUUUCAUCAACUAUUCGAAGGAAUGGGACUUGGCGGUUGCAUUCUUCAGGCGCAAUAUGGAGGGAAAAUGAGAUGGACAAUGGUGUUUUUCUUCUCGAUCACAACACCAUUAGGGAUCGUUCUAGGAAUGUUGUUACAAACGGUAUACAGCCCGACGAGUCCAACGGCAUUGAUCGUGGUCGGGGUAUUAAACGCGUGUUCGGCCGGUUUAUUGAACUACAUGGCACUUGUUGAUCUAUUGGGUGCUGAUUUUUUGGGACCAAAGUUGCAAGGGAACAUGAAGCUUCAGUCAAUGGCUUAUGUUGCUGUUUUUCUAGGUGCUGGAGGAAUGUCUUUAAUGGCCAAAUGGGCUUAG